AUGCUAACAAAUCCAUUGAACUUCGAGACGGGCUCUUUCCAGAGUUUGAUGGACAUCGUUGAAUACGAAAAAACAGUGACAGUUUUUGAUGCACCAAAUUGUCCACAUGAUAUUAUCCUUGGUCGCGUCCACUUGACAAAACAACAACAAGAUCAAUUGGCAACUGCAUUGGAACAUACACAAAAGCUUUUCGAUGGCAACCUUGGACACUACAAACACGACAAGAUCCAUUUGGAAGUUGAAGACGGUGCUGUACCAAUUCAUUCUAAAGCCUAUUCCGUGCCUGUGAAACACCAACACGCUUUUCUCAAGGAACUUCGGCAUUUGGAAUCGAUCAACGUACUCAAGCAAUGUGGUCCAACUGAAUGGGCCUCUCCUACAUUCAUUAUUCCAAAAAAGGAUGGAAGAGUACGAUGGAUCAGUGAUUUUCUCGAGCUCAACAAGGUUUUCAAACGUAAAGUGUAUCCUUUGCCAUUGAUUGAUGAAGUUGUCUCUCGUCGUGCUGGCUACAAAUUCUUUACCAAACUCAAACCACAAUGA